UGCUCUGUCUCUCAGUCUUCGCUUGUGCUGGUCUCUUCUCUCCAGGAGUCGAGUUCUUUCUCCACGACCACCACCAGGCACCGACCACCACUGUGCAAUAUCAAUGGAGUGGGAACCGGAGCAACAGGAUCUCGGAGGCCUCGGGCUCGCGGGCAUCUGUCGCGAGAUCUACCGGGUGGUCUUCCGCUCCAUCCUCCCGUACGCGGCGGCCGGCGUGGAAGCCGCGCUUCUCUCUGUGCUUUUGCUCGCCCGCGUCGCCGGUUACCACGGCCUCGACUCCCUCCACGGCCUCAUCGGUUUCCUCGUCGGCUUACUCUUCGAGGGCGUCUCGAUAAACGUCCUCGUCUUCUUCUCGCUUGUCUGCACCGGCCUCUACGUGUUCCUCAUCGCCUCCUCUACUGUACCCAGGGCGACUUCCGCGCUUCUCGGAGACUCCAGCGACACCUCCCUCGUGUCCCCUGUUAGCCUAAUCCUGCCCUGUUGUUUUUCUGUCAGUUUCGUCAGGUUCAGAGAAUAACGCUGCAGUGGCAGCCGUAGCUAGGUUCAGUUAUCUUUCAGUUAACUUUGGAUUCGCUUGAUUAGUUAGCUUAGGCCGCAAGAUGCGUUCUGUGCGAUCUGUGGCGACAUAGUAGGAGUGGCAGGAGUACGCUCGAGGUCGUGGGAUGGCACGAUCUGGUAGCCUGAGCGAGUCUCGCUGCACGUUUGUUUCGUUCUCUGAAUAAAAGGAGCAGAAACCAGAAAAGCUGCAACAGUUCGCAGCGCAAAUCUCUCUCGCCUCUUGAGUUCUCUCUCGGCUUCGUUCUGAAUCCACAACAACAACAAUUGGCAUCAGAGCCUUCUGAGAUCCAUGGCUGGAGGGCGUGGGACGCGGCAUGGCG